AUGACGACGUGUCGAAUUAUCCAAGUUGCAGCGGCUGCCCCGGACGAGAGAUACAUGACGACGUGUCGAAUUAUCCAAGUUGCAGCGGCUGCCCCGGACGAGAGAUACAUGACAACGAAUCGAAGUAUCCACGCUGCGGCGACGGCCCCGUACGAGAGAUACAUGACGACGAAUCGAAGUAUUCACGCUGCGGCUGCGGCCCCGUACGAGAGAUAUAUGACGACGAAUCGAAGUAUUCACGCUGCGGCUGCGGCCCCGUACGAGAGAUAUAUGACGACGAAUCGAUGUAUCCACGCUGCGGCGGCGCACCCUAAACAUGUCGCUUUCGUUUUCCAGGGGACAACGCAAAUGUGCUCGAUUGUUCGAAGAUCGAACUUAACACCUUACGUGAAAAUGGGUCGCGCGACCACAUUUUUUUUAGCUCAGUGGCAAAACAAGCUCACAAUUUCAUCCGGGGUGCGGGUUCGAGCCCCGAAGAUGCCUAAGUUUUUUUCCUUUUUUUUUUGGAAUUCUUGUUUCUUAUUGCUUUUUAAACUUCUGGUUUGCAGGACGGUGUGCGAGUUCUGCAAUCGCACUGAUUCCAUCAGUUUCGUGGUGUGUGCGGCUGCGGCUGCGGUGGUGGCCGCGUGA